CGGUACAUUGAGUCAAAGAUUUUGUGCUCUCCCGAACCGCGGAUCCGAAUUACUUCUCCCGUUGGGUCGCAGAGCUACUCUGCGCAUCAUAGACGUGCCCUGGAUGCAACUUCACCGCUCGUCAUGCUUCUAUCAGACUCCGGGCGUUCCGCGAAUGCCUCUGCGGUAGCUUGCAGCUGGCAGAAGCAUUUGACCGGAAAAUUCUCCUAACCCUUGUCAAUGCUCAAUUGCUGCCACCAUCCGUCAGCCAUGUCCGCGAUGGGAGCGCGGCAUUGAGCUAUCUUGCAGUCAGGAAAUUGCUUGAAUACUGUCGUAUUAUACAAGGGACACUCCCAUUCGACAUGACCCGCUUAUACAUAAGGGAACUGGCCCCUUACCAGCCAGGCGACAAUGGCACCGACGUGGUCAUCAACGAAGUGCACUUCAAUCGAACAGCACUAGACACCUACAACUACAGACUCUACACCAACGGGACUCUAUCCAACGGCACGAAAUGUUACCUAGCCUUCCAGCAAUUCAAACCUCACAUGUUCGCCGAGAGCGGUACCUUCAUCAACGGAACAUCAUGCUACGCGCCCAUCAACAACAUCGGCACCCACGCCUCCCUCGGCCUAGCCUACGCCCUCAUGUUCGUCCUCACCAUCUUCUUCAGCCUCAUCAACCUCCGCAAGCACGGCCGCAGCUACCUCCCCAACAACCGCCCCUGGACCAUCAUAAGCCGCCGCCUAAAAUGGUGCUGGCUCAUCUUCGUCGCCACCAGCGGCGCAAUCAGCUGCUUCAUGACCAUCGACGUCGACCGGAACUACAUCCAAAGCGCGCCCCUAAUCCUCCAAAGCGUCUUCUACACCCUCCUAACACCGACCCUCAUGGCGGCAGUCUGGGAAUCCGUCCGCCACUGGGCAACCUGGCAAGCGCGCCUCAUCCACGACCGCGACCCUUACGCCUUCAGCAAAACCUCCACCCGCAGAGCGCAGGAAACCCUCCUCCCAAUCCUCUUCUACGCCCUCGCCCUCUUCACCUUCUUCCUCACCGUGCCCCGGUCCUGGUCGUCAAUCGAGCUCCAACGCAGCCCAGAACAGCAGGCCCUAGUCGCCCGCCCCACAGCGACUGACACCCGCUUCCGCGUCGCAGGCUUCCUCGCCCUCGCAGACACCCUGGUCAUCUGCUACAGCCUCGAGCACAGCAUCUACCGCUACGUGCCCCGUCCCGGAAGCACCCUCGGCCAGCUCCUCUUCUACCUCAACGCCGCGCCCUCCCAGUUCCUAGUCUGCAUCGCCGUCCUGGGCGUCAAGAUCGGGUACGCCAUCGCCUCAGCCUUUGACUUCACCGUUUCGCCGCUGCGAUACGACGUCCAGUCCGGCUGGCUCUAUGGUCUAGGCUAUACGCCUACACUCCUGAUAAUCCUUAUCCUGAAUAUCAGUGGGUUCUGCGAGUUGAACGAGGACAAGGCGCUUAUUGCGCGGCGCGAGGAGCUGGAGACGGCGCUGGCGAGUGAGGAGGGGGUUGGGGCGGGCGGGAAGAGCUCGGCGUGGUGGAAGAAGCGGCGGUUGCGGGCAUUUGCGAGGGAGAUUACGGGGCGGAGGUUGGUGGCCCCGGGGGACGAGGAUGGGGAGGAUAUGGCGCGGUUUGUGGAGAUGGGGAUUAUUAAACCGCGGGGGCAGACUGGGGAGGAUAAGGACAAGGGGGAUCCUCAGGUUACUAUGACGCGACAGAGGAGUGAUGCGACGAGUGUUGGUGGUGGGUUGGAUCAUGUCGACUGUGUUGUGGCGCCGGAGAGGGGUUCGUCUGGAGAUCGGGAUGAGCGGGUGUAGAGGGAGAGGGGGAUUUGUGUGUCUUGUAUCAAGUAUGAUUAGGUGUGUUAUAGGAAGGUUGACCUUGGUAUAGGGGGAUGGGGUUUGUUGGUAUAAUUACGUAUUCAAAGGAGUACGGUUGGAGUAGAACUUUGGGUUAUUUUUAGACAUGGUUAUAAUACCACUCCGUCUGUCUUGUCUGUUACAUUCAGAUCAGAAGCAAUCUGUUAGGGACAUAUACUGUUGGGCAUAGUGUGGGGUUUGUUUGCAGAUAUGAUCAGGGGUCAAAGUUUUCUGCAUGUAUGUAUGUGCAUAGGAACAAGGAAGACUUCUACACCCUAGAUACAGUAAGCUCAGCCAGUAUAAUCAAUCAACAUAGUCAAU